AUGGGCUUGGACAUUGUUGUCCGCACACCUACUGGCGAGCCCGCCACAGAGUCAAACACAGGGGUUAUCCAACUUUACCAACUUCACAAAAAUGUAGAUGCCUCCAGGUCGGUUGCUGCAUCGACUGCUGCAUCAGUGGGCGCCAGUCUCAAGUUUGAUCCACUCCCCGCAUCUUUGGGUCCUCAUGGUUCACCUCCGCCCCCACGCAAGACAGUGGUAAAUCAACAAUUCAAGAAUGCCGCUGCCGUCCUACGCAAGUCUAUACUCAUUCAUAAACGCGAGGGUUCCUCCGACGCUUCCAGCCAGCCAGCCACAAGUGCCCUACUCCAACAACAACUGGCUCAUCAACAGCAGCCGCAUCAUAUUUUCUUGGAUCUCAAGAUAUUCAUGUGCUCAGUGGGUGAGCCUACCGAGUUAUACUUCUCCCUCUACAGCAAGUCCGAGUCCAAGUUCAUCACCGAGGAGUUCCAAGUCGGUCUGACCGCCCAGGGCAUGCCACACAAUGUCGAGAUGAUUGGCAAGUUGUCCACUUUGUUUGUGGACAUCAGCAGAAAGGAGUUGCAACAGGAGUUGUAUCUAGUAUGUAGAUUGAUUCGUCGAGGACGCAUGCUCACCGACUCGAACAAGAAGGCUGGUGCACUGAGCUACCGAAGACCAUUUGGUUGUGCCGUGUUGAAGAUCGAGGACAAUGUAGCCUAUGCCAAGGAACUAGAGCAUACCAUGCCCAUUUACACCGCAAGCCAAGAGUCAUCAUUCUCAACACUCCACGAGCACAUCAUCAAGGGAGGAUCGAGUUUGUCACAAGUACCCAAGGCUAAGGGUAUAUGUGUUGGAAUAGCCCUUCUCCCAGGGCGUCUCAAACAUGUUGUACGAGACAAUCCAGUUCUCAAGGACGUUCCCAAGACCAACAAGCUCGGAUUCCCAGAGAUCGUGUAUCCCGGUGACACGAGGAAUGAUAUGUAUAUCACUUUGGAGUGUGGAGAGUACUCUCAAGAUAGAAAGACAAGUGCCAAGAAUGUAGAGGUGGUCAUCCAAGCCAGACUAGAGAAUGGUGAUCUCGUGAAAGAUUGUCUAUAUACAGGAGACAAACCAGUGAGUGAGUACAAGUCUAUGAUCUACUAUCACUCCAACCAACCUCAUUGGUCUGAGACCAUCCGAGUCAACGUACCCCUUGCAAUCCUAGACCAGGUCUAUCUAGUUAUGUCCAUUCGUCAUUGUACAACAUCUGAGCUCAAGGAAAGAGCGCCAUAUGCCAUAUCAUACUUGAAGUUAACCAAUGUUGAUGGAACAGUUGUUGAGAACAAGCUACAUAGUUUGGUCACCUAUAAGCCUGCCAAGACUACAGAGGAGUUCAUGGCAUCGAUCAAGGACCAGGCCACACUCAGCCACUCAAUGAGGAAAGCUGAAGUUACCAAGAUUAAAGUGCAACUGUGCUCCACAGUCUGCACCCAAAACUUAUCUUUAUUGUCACUUCUAAGAUGGGAUCAAUCCAGUGGAGACUUGUCAGAGGUAUUGAAUAGAUUCACCUUUGUUGAUCAGUUUGAGAUCAUCAAGUUUAUGGAGGAGACAUUCAAGGCAUUAUUUGCAAUUCUUGAGGCCAGACGAGUCCAGAACCCUGAUCAAGUAUUCAAUGUUAUAACUUCUAUCAUUGGUCUACUUGUCGAUGAGAAGACAUCCAAGUAUACCAACUUCCGUCAGGUGUUGGACAAGUAUGUCGAGAAACACUUCACCUCGAGUGUUGUCCACAAUCAGCUUGUUGUCAGUCUAAAGCGCAUCCUGGCCGACUCCAACAAUCUCAAGACCAUCAUCUCAUCACUCAAGUCUAUGGAGUAUAUCAUCAAGUUCAUUGUCACUAGCAAAGUGAACUACGACCGCACACAUCCCGAUGGACUAAACACAGCAUUCAAGACUGAGCUGACUGGCGUGUUCUUUGCCCUCUCAGCACUUAUGAAGCGUACUGAGCGCGAGUACAUUGGCGCACAGACGUUUGCCCUGCGCAUCUUCUCAUCCCUGUUCACCGACCUCGGCCAGUUGUUCUCAAUCAGUGAGCGCGCUAGCAUUGCCAUUGACUUCAUUAACAGUGUGCGCUUCGACGAGUCGUUGCGACUUCUCAACAUGGAGAAGAUGAAUGUGAUGCUACGUCUGGUCGAAGGGGAGUUGUUCCUACAUCGCGAGUCGCGUGAUCCCUUGCUGGUCACAAUCAAAGAGCAACUGCGUCAACACAUGACUUCAACAUUCAUCACAUUGGAGGAUGUUAAGAAGCAGGCAGAGAUCAUCUCGGCCCUGAUCGACACUAUUCAAUCACGACUGAAGGAUGCCAACUUGCUCAUGGAACUGGUAGACAUCAUCCCAUGUAUACUUCAAUCGAUCAGAUCAUGUCAUCAAUAUGAUGUGUCUCGUCUGGACAUGGUACACAACCUACUAAGUCUCUUACAUCUCCUUCGCUCCGAUCAGUUCGACCGCUACGUCAACACACCGCCAGACCAGACCGCCAAGUGGGACAAGAUACAUGAGUUGCUCAUUGUCCUGGACAUGAUCCUGGCUCCAUCAUUCACCUAUCCCGCCAGCUGGUUCACAUUGAACAUGUUCCAAUACUCAACUAUCAAGAAGGUGAUCAUUCAGAUUAGUGAUCAUUUGCUGAAGUUCAAUGUAGUGCCAUGGGAUGACAGGAAGAGUGAGAUAUGGGCAUCAUUCUUCACUUUGAUCAACAGUUAUCUCAAGGUCCAAUCACUCGCUCUGGAGAACUUUUCAGAGGCCAAACAAUUGACUACAAGACAAAAGUAUGGUGAUAUGAGGAAUGACUUGAUACCAACUGUGGAGAAGGUCUGGAAGCAUUUGGAUAAGCAUCAGAUUCAACUUCUACCAGUGGUCAUUGGUCAAUUCAUUGAAUUGAUGAUGAUCAACCAGGACAAGUUGAAACAACUUGGUAUCAACCUCUACUACGAGUUGCUGAGAUGCGAGUACCGUGACUUCCGAUCAUUCAAGAAGGUUGAGACAGAGACCAUCAACACCCUCGAUCAAAUUACCAACCAAGAGACAUCAGACACAUUCAAAGAGCAGUUCAAGAUGUUCUUCACUUCCAAUCUGGAAGCAAAGAUAAACGGUGAUGCCUUGAUCAAACAACCUGGAUUGAUAUUCACAAGGGACAUGAAGAAGUUCUUGGAGCUACUUUGUGCAUUGAGGACACUUCCUGACAAGCCAGAGUAUGAGGAUGAUAGGACUGUGGCGGCAAUUCAGUUGAUGACAUAUCUGAAACAAACUGAUCGCCAGGACACCUAUAUCAAGUACUCUCAUCUACUGUGCAAUCAACAUUUGACCAACUUGAACUAUGUUGAGGCUGGAAACACCCUUCUGCUGCAUGCCGAGCUGCUCCAAUGGUCGGACAACCUACUCGAAGAGUUGCCAUACAUUGAUGGCUACCCAGCACAAUCAGAGAGAGAACGCAAGGAACGAUUGUUCAAACAAGCAAUUGAGUACUUUGACAAGGGCAAGGCGUGGGAGAGAGCCAUCUCACUGAUGAAGCAGCUCAUCAUUCAAUACGAGGAAGUGAUGUUUGAUUACCAAAAGUUGGCCGAUGUCCUGCAGCAAGAAUCCACAUUCUACAGGAAGAUCAUUGGUGUCGAUAGGUUCUUUGCCGAGUACUUCCGUGUUGCCUAUUAUGGAAGUGGAUUCGACGAGUCGAUCAGAGGCAAGGAGUUCAUUUACAAGGGUCUGGAAGUGGAGAGAAUGUCAGAGUUUGUCAAGAGGAUUCAUUCCAAGCAUCCAAACGCCAACAUACUGCCCUACACUGAGGCCCCGCCAGAGUAUGUCCUCAACUCGACCGAUCAAUACUUGCAGAUCUUCUCCGUGAAGCCCGCACCUAAGGAGGAGAAGCUUCUCAAGGCACCGCCCGCCUCGCGCAAGUCCGUCCCGGUGACCAUCCAGAAGCAUCAUUUGUACAACAAUAUCGAAACGUUCGUCUACUCCAAGCCAACCAAGAAGAAGGCGUCUCCGUCAUCGUCCAGCAUGUCUGUCGCAGCGAAUGAGUUUGGCGAAUUGUGGAUCACCAACUAUUACUACGAGGUCCAGGACACGUUCCCAACAAUCCACAAGCGAUCAGAGAUUAAGAGGAAGCACGAGCAGACCGUGUCGCCCAUCGAGAACGCCAUCAAUAGUGUGAUAGCCAAGAACAGCGAGUUGCAAGAGAUGAGCACCAAGCAUGGACAUGGCAAAGAUAUCAAUCUGAGUGCUUUCACCAUGGUGCUCAAGGGUGUGAUCGAUGCCGCUGUCAAUGGUGGCGUGAAUAUGUACAAGAAGGUAUUCUUCACAGCGGCCUACAUCACUGACAACAAGGACAAGGUGGAGGCCGUCGAGCGUCUCCGUGCUGCCCUCCACACUCAAGUUCAAAUAUUGAAGAGAUGUCUAACUGUCCAUUCCAAAGUGUGCUCGCACGAGAUGGGAGGUCUGCAAGAGCAAUUAGAGAUCCAAUUCGAGAAGAUGAAGCUGGAGUUGGGAUACGAUGGAUUCUAG